CGGGAUUGCCGUCUCACCAAGAAUCAUCAACAACUCUAGAACGUUCGAAUGCCAUUUUGGCUUGGGAUAAAGGGCACUUGAGAGAAUCUGGAAGGAUUUCCCCAAUUAUAAUUGAGCACCUCGAUUCGUGCUUCCAGAAAAGGGGAAAGAUGGCCGUUCCCAGGAAAGGGCUCGUUCAUCUCUAUAAAAACAAAGGCUGGGACCGCCUCACGGCUUUUGAGCACACCCCUUCCUCCACCUCGACACCUUCUCAAAACCUGCUCAUUUUCAUCGGCGGACUCUUCGACGGCUUACUCACCGUCCCCUACACCUCCAUUAUAUCCGACGCCCUCCCACCCUCCUGGACACUAGCCGAAGUACGUCUCUCCAGCUCCUACACCGGCUGGGGGACCGUCUCUCUACAAAAAGAUGCCUCCGAGCUCUCAGACUGCAUCUCCUACUUCCGCGGUAUCAAGACCGGGAAGAUCGUCCUAAUGGGCAACUCAACAGGCUGUCAAGACAUCAUAGAGUACCUCACUGGCGCUGGUCAUGAGAACCGUCCCAGUAUCGAGGGUGGCAUUAUCCAAGCACCAGUUUCUGAUAGAGAGGCGUUGGUAAUGAUGAUGGAUCCAGAUCUCUACCGCAAUUCCUGCCUUGCUGCGCAGAAAAUGGUAGAUGAAGGGAACGGCGAGGAGAUCUUGCCUAAGAAGGAAACGGGGAAUGUGUUUCCGGCACCAUGUACGGCGAAACGGUGGUUGAGUCUUGCGAGCCCAAAUCAUGAUGGGGAUGAUGAUUUCUUCAGCAGCGAUUUGAGCGAUGAGCAGUUGGGUAAAACAUUUGGGAGGUUGAAGAAGCGGAGUCCGUUGUGUGUUCUCAUCAGUGAUAAGGAUGAGCAUGUGCCGAAGAGUGUGAAUAAGAAGGGAUUAUUUGAGAGGUGGAUGGGCAUUGUUAAGAGAGGAGAGGGAAUCGUGGAUGAGGUUCACUCUGGGGUUGUUCAUGGGGCGUCGCAUAAUUUGGGGAAGGAUGGGGAGGAGAUUGUGGGAGAGUUGGUGAGGAGGGUGUUAGGGUUCUUAGAGGGGCUGCCGGAGAAGGAGAGUAUGAACAAGCAUGGAGAUGAGAAGCUCUGAAGCCGAAUAAAUCUAUCCAAUUUCUUGGAAAGAUGAUUAUUCUAUCGCGAGCGAUCCUUAAAGGGAUAGUCACUCCUAUCUUUAUGUUGGGAAAUUGGAAGGUACGUGAGGUGUUAAAGGAGUCGAUGUUCAACACGAGGAGGACAUUGAGUUGUCACCUUCGCACUCAACCUGCUUCGUAUUUGCUCUUCAUCUGAUAGUUCAAAUUUAAUUCCCUCAAUCCGCU